GCCACCGUAGAAGAAACGCGACAUGUUUGCGGAUAUUAUUCAGACGCUGGAGAUCGGGAAAGUCGCGAAAAUCGAGGAACGGCGGUCUCAGUCGUCGCCGGGGGGAUAACACGCAGGUUGGUAAGGCGGAUCGGGCUGGUUCUUUUGCCUGGCAGGAAAAUCCGUUGUGAGGGUUCCGAGCCGCAGAGGUUGGGCGGCGCGAGUCACACACGAAAUUUAAGCGAGGCGGCGCCUAACCACAACAGGCAGGCGGCCAGUCUCCGGGACGCGGAUGCCUUUGUUCUUUUUCCCCUCUCAACUCCAGAUCUCAAUGGAUUCUGUUUUGGUUUAUUUCACUGAUGGGACCCUGUCAGUUCAAGAUCCACGGCCUACAUACAUUGCGGAGAUUCGGGCGCAGAGACCAGACGCAAACUAUAGCGUUUUCCCGGCUUAUUGGAGUUCCACCACGCUUCCCGUGUUCGAUUUGUCGCCUUCGUUCACUUCACCCGCCAAUCUACUACUACCACACCACACCCACUCGCCCCCCGUGGGGAAGAGAAAAAAGAGCAAGCAGCCUAGCUUUUCCAGCCCAUCUAAACUCGGGCCUCAUAUCUCAUAUUUUACUAUCCAAGUUACAGUCAUGUUGCUCUUUGAAUCGUGCAAAAAGGGACGGAACUAACAAAAAGGACAUGUCUUGCAUAGCACAUAACAGGUGGGAUCUCCGUGCAAAUAUUUGGGUAGAAGGAAAUGAAAAAUUCAAGAAUCAACAUAAAUCACCUCUUUCCGAGUACUCCUGGCUAUGCCGAAAACAGCCACAUACAGGAACCUAGGAGAAUUGACAGGGGAAAAGGAAUAAAUGAGGAUGAGCAUUGGGAAGCACUGCAGCGCUCAACUAUAGGGAAAGGAGCACCUGUCCACCGUAGCGUGCUGCUGUAGC